AUGGUGGAGGCUGUCGCUGUAGACUUUGAUGAAAAGUUUUCUAAGGUUGUUCGGAACUAUCAAGUCUUGUAUGACAAGGGGUGUAAAGAUUUUAAAGACAAAAACAAGAAAACACAAACGUGGACUCAAUUUGGCAAGGAAAUGGGCAUGACAAAAGGUAAUAUGAAUGAUUUGUAGUUCUUUGAUUCCUUAAUGAAAAGUAAAGACAAAUGGUGGACGCCAUUAUUUCAAUUCAGGAUUCCUCACAUCUUAAAUUGUUAAAUUCUCAAACAUUUCGUUAAGUGGUUAGUUUACUGAGAAUCUUUGUUAAUUUCUAGGAUGAGAAGUGAAGAGAAUUGUGUAAACUAUAUAUUUAAAAUAUAUUUUUUUCUUAACUGGAGUAAAAUUUCUCCACAGAUGAGGUAGGCAUAUUUCCCAAACUUACACAACAGUUUCGGCAGGGAAAACAAAAAAAUCAAGGUUUCUGGGAGAAGUCGCAACAAUUUUAUAGAGAUAAAUCAAAUUUAUCAGAAACGUAUCCAUACUUACAAUGGCUGGAGCCAUUUAUUGUUGAAUGA